UGAAUUUGUCUUAACGCUCACAUAUUUAAUAGGGGUUACCGGCCGGAUAUGAAUUUUACAAGUGGCCCAUCCGGUAGUCAUCACCUAAUUGAUAACGUCCAUCAUGAAAUUUUAUCACAUUACGACUUUGAAAACGAGCAAGUUGAACUCACUCAAUUGCCCGAAAAUGAUGUAUUACAUCGGGACCUAGCAGAUGCACAGAGUCAGGAACAGAACAGUGAUUACGAUAACAAUGCGGAUGAAUCCGGGGAUGAGACACCCUUUGCUCGUGAGGAUGGUGAUGCAGAGGAUGAGGAGGAAGGACCUGAUUUGAAGAGAGACCCCCCUAGACGAAGAGUGUAUGAGUCCGAAGUGCCGUUUCAUUCAAGAGAGAUUCCUUACAUUGAUAACUUGCCAACCGUGCCGGAUAUCGAACAGUCCAUAAGCCAUGGUGCGGAUGUCGUUCAAGCAAAUGGCGGAGAGGUUCGUUGA